AUGGAGUAUUUUGAUUUCGAGGGUGCCUCGUCGGCUCAUGGCUCUAUUCAGCAAGAGGACGAUGUCGCAUCGGUCGAUAUUGAGCUUGAGGAAGCCGAGGAGCACGCAGCAAACUUUGAUGCAAUCGCUCAAGAUCAGCCAUUGGAGUUUCCUAAUCAUCCGGUACCGGAGCCGCCAAUGCACCACCUUGAACUGCCCGUUGACCCCGAGGGAGGUUACCCCAUGUUCCGGGCUCAGGAACCGUGCGACUUUUGUCGCCGUGCAGGACUUGACUGUUUCCUAGCCAAACGCGGCGCCUUAAAUUAUGGUUGCACCUGCUGCAUUUCUCUCUAUCGCGAAUGCAGUUUCACCCAUGCGAAAACCACUGGAAAGUUUCUUCAAACCUUACACAGUGUGUCAGAGAAUGCAUAUGUUCCAACUGGCAGUUUAACAGGAAGAAAGGCCCUCAAGUCGGUCUCAUACAACGCAUAUCCAGAUGAAUCUGACUCACGCUCCCGCAACAGCAGCGCUCGGUUUUCGCGCAAAGCGAUCAGUGUUCUGAAGGGCUGGCUGCGAGACCACAACGACAAUCCAUACCCCACAGAGCAGGAAAGAGACGAGCUGAAGCAGUAUACUGGCCUGACGCGGACACAAAUCUCGAAUUGGCUUGCGAACGCCAGACGCCGCGGCAAAGUUCGUUCAUCAUCCGGCAGCAGUUCUCCCGUCCCUCCCGUCCCGGGAGCAGUGGACAUCCCCAAGAAGCAAUCGGUCGACGUAUCUCUCAUGACUCCCCUCGAACGUUGGAAGUACUCUCCUCCUGAGAACGAACCCGCUACGAUCAGCGAUAUUAACCGUGCCUUGGCCAACCCCCCCUUCGAUCCUUCUCGUCCACGCCGGGGCCCAUCAGGUCACGUGAGGCCCCGUCGCCCUGGGUCCAGUACCAAUGAGUCAAGCCAUGCCAGCUCCGAACAUAAACUGCCCACCCCUUCAGGGAGUAGUCUGGAUACCAGUCGGUCAUCCCUCUCCGAUCUUUCUUUUGCUUCUGCUUUCUCUCAUCGAUCUUCACUCUCUUUCGGCUCAAUGGAUCGCAAAGAACGUCGCCGUCGCCGCAAGCCUUCGGUGCCAGUCAACACAUUGGCCCAUUCCAAGGCCAAAGCUGUUCGACCUUUCCAAUGCACCUUCUGCACUGACUCUUUCCCUGCCAAGUACGAUUGGCAACGGCACGAGAAGUCCAUGCAUCUCAUCUUGGACAAAUGGACAUGUGCCCCCCAGGGUGGUAUCAUCGAACAGGAUGGCAUACCUCACUGUGUCUUCUGCUCUGCAGCUAAUCCUGAUGGUGAGCACCUAGAAACACAUAACUUCAUGAGCUGUGAGGAAAAGACAGUACAGGAGAAAACAUUCUAUCGAAAGGAUCAUCUCAACCAACACCUUCGCUUGAUGCACAACACCAAGUUCCAACCUUGUAUGGAGAAAUGGCAAAGCAGUAUCACCGAUAUCAAGUCUCGCUGUGGUUUCUGCAAUUCUACUUUCCAGACCUGGAAAGAUCGAGUGGACCACUUGGCUGGUCAUUUCAAGAACGGCGCCAGCAUGGCUCAAUGGCAAGGAGACUGGGGCUUUGAUCCUUUGAUCCAAGCUCGUGUCGAAAAUGCCAUCCCCCCGUACAUGAUCGAUUAUGAGUGGCGGUCCCCCGAUCCGUGGGCUACCGAACAAGCCAAAGGAACUGAGGAAGAUGGACCUUCACUCGGCCUUCCUGUGCCCACCGAUGUAAAUUGUUACCGCCGGCUUUCACGCGAACUCACCACAUACAUAUACGAGCAAAAGGCCCAAGGUAUCAUUCCAUCAGACCAUAUGAUCCAGACGGAGGCCCGUCGCAUCAUCUAUGGAUCCGACGAUUCGUGGAACCAAACUUGUGCCGACAAUGUUGUCUGGCUUGGUGUUCUGAAGCGUGAUUGUGGGUUGCAAACGGCUGUGCACAACGAUGAAAUCCAAUUUUCUGACCUGGGCAUGCAACCUCCUUUUGCCGUGAAUGGUGGUUUGCGGGCUGCGCCUCGGGACAUCAAUGUUCUGGCAAGAACGGUUUGCCAUGGCGCCCCCCUCCACAGUCCUACAGUUUCCAGCCCUGGUUUCCGAAGCCCCGCUUUUCCUGGAACAGGCUUCUCAUCGGCGGGGCCCAGCCGACCGGGGAGUCUCUCCGGUAGUUAUGCUGGUAGUGCAGGGAUAAUCUCAGCUGGCGCAGAUCCUUCUUUCUCUACGGAUUGGGCUAGUAGCCUUCCAACUACUGUCUCCGCGGGCGAAAAGCCAGCUGAUCCACUGAUUCAAAUGGGAUUUGACCCAGAGUUCCUACGACGCCUGAAUGACAGCUAUGACGAGAUCAAUCCUGACAACAUAGAGGGUGCACAAAUUGACGGCGAGGGUCCAAAAGGUGUACCUAUCCAAGAAUGGGCAAACCCGAGCUUACUUCAUCAGCCGAUUCCACCAGCUCAGCCUACUUCAAGCGAGGUUCCUACUUCAGAUCCUGUUUUUAUGUUCAAUUCGCAAGAGGGCCACCCCCCUGCAUCCGACGCUGCCCAACGUGACACGCCUGGCCUUUUUAACAACCCCGGAAACUUUUGA